AUGAAAGUAAAACUCAUGUUGCGCCGCUCAUCCCUUCUCAGACAUGGCAGAGUCUUGUGUCCCUGUGAGGGUCCAGCGCCUCUGCUGUCCACUGUGCAGCCAGUUUCUCAGGAAUCCCGUGACUGUGCCCUGUGGACACAACUUCUGUCUGUACUGCAUCCAGGACCGCUGGGACCGUGACAACAGCAUCCAGGACCGCUGGGACCGUGAUAACAGCAUCGGGUGCCCUGAAUGUGGCUGUAUCUUUCCCAGCAGACCUGAGCUGAUCAUAAACUUGACUCUGGCUGAGAUGGUGAGCGACGCAGAAACAAGCGGCAGUGGCAGCAAACGGAGGACGCAGCAGGACGCUGGAGCGUCGAAAAAACGAAAAAAACAGGAGCAGCUGAAGAACAUGCAGAUGAAAUCUAAGCAGAUUCUCCAGCAACAGGAAAAGGAAUGUGAAAGCAUAAAAACAAUGCUCAGUGAGGUCAAGGAGGAGGCGAGAAGAGCUGAGGACCGCUGUGAAAUCGUCGUUUCCGGCGUCGUCGACUCUCUGCAGAGACACUACCUGUCGGCGAAGGGGCUGAUUGCGGCUCAGGAGCAGAAGGCGACGGCCAAGCUUCAGUCCAGGCUGCAUACUCUGCAGGAGCGGCUGCAGCAAGCGAAGAGCAGGGACGCUGAGCUGGCACAGACUGAGUGUGACGUCGGUUUCCUGCAGGCACGUCUCUCCUUGCAGGAAUGGCCCUCGCACCUCGCUCCCCUCUGUCACAGCGAGGCGUUUGAGGACCCUCUGCUCCCGUUGAAAACCACAAAGACUGUCAUUGAGCAAAUCGGGAGGCAAGUGGAGGAACUCUGUGACAAAGAAUUUACCUCGCUCCUUCAAACCGCUGAUGGUGGAGAGCAACAGGGAUCAGAGGAGGAAGAUGCACAGAAAGGGAGACAAGCAAACAGCUCACAGUCCUCUGGCUUCUCUGGAGUUGCGAGAGUUCAGAAUGGAGCGGAUGUGGAGCCGACGACCAGGUCCCAGUUCCUGCAAUACGCACGUGAGCUCACUCUGGACCCAUUCACUGCUCACAAAGACCUGGUGGUCUCUGCAGGAGACAAAAAGGUGAAGCUGAGCCCUCAGACAGACAAGGCGCCAAGCGUUCGCAGCUCGGAGAGGUUUCUGAAGCGCCGACAGGUGCUGUGCAGGGAGGGGCUGUGGGCCGAGCGAUGCUACUACGAGGUCGAGGUUGUAGGUGGAAAGGUGGAGAUCGCCCUCGCUUACAAAGGAAUAGACAGGAAAUCCUUAACCCUAUCCUCUGCUUUUGGGGGCAAUGCUAAUUCCUGGAGUCUGGAUCGGUCCACAAUUUAUUCUGUGAAUCACAAUACUGACGGCGUCGAGCUCAUAAGAGCCCCCCAUCAUCGCAGGAUUGGGGUCUAUCUGAGCUUCAAAGAGGGGACGCUGGCGUUCUAUGAGGUGUCAGAUGUGUUUGAGAUGAUAUAUCUGUACAAGGAUAAAUACCAAUUCAAAGAGCCGCUGUAUCCAGGCUUCUGGCUCGAGGAGAAAUGCUGCAUCAGGAUCUGUGAUUUGAAGCAGGGGGAGUAGGAACAACUUAUAAAUACGGGUUUUACGUCGUUUUGCAUUAACAAUAUGAAAUAUUUAUUCUAGGUCUUAUCACACUGCAGUUUACUAGUUCUUUAUUUGCACUUUUUAAAAUAAUAAAUAAUAAAUGUACCAUUUAAAACAGGUUGAUUAACGAUAAAAAUGAACGAUAGAGAAACAAGCUCCAGGAUCUUUUGUACAGUUUGUUCUUAACAGGUUUUUUGAUGAAGGUUUUUUAAAAUAUAUUUUCAUGUACUGUUUGUUUUCUGCUAUAACCUUUUAAAACUGAGUGACUUUCAUACUGAAGUAAAACUUUUGCACAGAAAUUACAUCUGAAUCUAUUUUUGGUUUUAAGUGAAAUACUUGAAUUUGCCAAAUUGAACAGGAAUUAAAAUGUGUUUUAAUAAAGUCAAGUGACCCAAUAAGAUAAAGAAACACGA